CCCUUUUCCUGAUAAGUUUUAUCACCUCAGCCAAUCAGAAUUAUGCUAGAACCGGCGACCAAUUGGGGGGAACUUGUCUCGGCUAGUUAAUCCUUAAGAUAUCAGUUUGCUGGACAAACUGUUGAGGUAAAGGGUAGAGGCAGGAGGAUUAAGGCCUGUACUUGUUGUCGUUAUUUACUGCAGGAGAUGCCCUAUGUUUGAUGCAGUUUUCCCUCAGGUUUGAAAUACACAGGGAGUACAAAGCUUCAUUAGUGUGCCAAUUGUUGAAUAGCCCACCAGCGUACGAUAUUCCAAGCUUACUACCUCUUCUUAGGGAAUGUUGGAGACUCCAAAACAGUUUUGGUAAACUUUCCGAGCCCCCCGAUCUGAGAGGAGCGAGGACACCAGGCCACUGUCUUUGUUGUUGUCACGUUCUGGUGUCAACCUUUGCCUGGCUGUUUUUCCCAAACCGUUGAUCCGUGUAGUCUACUCCAAGACAAAACAACAGCGCGCACAGCAGGAUUGUUUGGUAGAGAUUUCUGUGGCGUGUGUUGGGUUGUUUUUUUCUCUCCUAACCUAACACGGAGCGAGAGUCACUCACCCCCCCCCCCUCACCCCCUGCACUGAUGCAGUCCUCUCAUUUCGACCCGGCCGCCUACCAAGGUACUAUAUACAGCGGCACUGCGACUCCAACGGGAUUUGAACCGGGGACUAUCAAACUUCAUCACACCAGCUAUACCGGAGAGGCUGACCCGAGCUGCUACCCCAACUACGUGACGAGCGGCCUACAGGGCGUACAGACCUAUCAUGGCGGCUGCCGAGACCCCCCGGCCUACACAGACACGGCUGGCUUCUUACACUCCGGCAUCGUGCCUGGGUUUGGGAACGCCAACUACUACAAGAUGUCUAACAGACAGAUGGAGCUCAUGGACUAUACCUCAUCUACCAACAUGAUGGCGAGAGGUCAGGACAAUUUCCUGAUGAAACCGCUGGACUCGCUCUCAAUGCAAGGUGCGCAGGAUCUCUUCGGGAGUAGUAGUAGCGGCGAUGGUGGUGGUGGUGGUGGUGGUGGUAGUGCUAGGGGCCACCACGAGGACUCGCUUCACCAUUCACAUCAUCAUCAACAGCAACAGCAAUACAAUCACCAUCUCCACCUUUCACAACAGCACCAGACCUCAGCCUAUGACCAUCACCACCAGGGAGAAGAUGUCCCCAAACUGUCUCACGAAAACAACAUUUUCGGCCAACCGGCCAUCAAACUCGAAUCUCCAAAAAUAGAACCGUCUCAGUCGGAAUACGACAAAGCUCUCAACCCUCCCCCUCCUCCUCCUCCUUCCUCAUCGUCGUCAUUAUCCGUAGAUCCCACAGUUACCUCAUCAUCCCACUCUGGGCAGUACGCACAGAACGAUGACAUCACUCCCAACACGAUUCUCUCUCACUGUGAGCAGCACAAUACGACACACUCGUCACCGGGGUUUUCCGAAAGCAAAGACCUCAACUCACAACAAAAUCACGAGGCGGAGACGGACAGUACUUCGGGGAAAGACGGAAAAGAUGAAAAGAAGGAAGGCGAAUCGGAAGCCACGGGUGAUUCGAAACCCACCAUGUCCUACAUAGCUUUGAUCGCAAAGGCUAUCUUGGAGUCUGAGCAGAGGAGGCUAAACCUGGGCUCUAUUUACAACUGGAUAGAGAAACAUUACCCGUUCUACAAGAACAAAGGUCAAGGCUGGAGGAACAGCGUACGUCACAACCUCAGCCUCAACGACUGUUUCAUCAAGGCUGGCCGGUGCGAGGACGGCAAGGGCAACUACUGGGCCAUCCAUCCCGCCAACAUCCAGGACUUCAUGCGUGGAGACUUCCGUCAGAGGCGCCGAUCUCGACGGCGGGGCCGGAAGAAGGAGUGUGACCUCAGCAUGUACCACGUGCCCAACAGUUACUUCCCCUCCACCGGCUCACCUCUGACCUCUUUCAACCCCACGGCUCUCAGCUCCAUAUACUCGCCCUACACAGAGGCUGAGAGAAGAGAUACAAGAAUAGCUCGUGGUGCGUCUGGGGAUUUCCUGAGGUCAAGGACGUUUGGAGAGUUGGAAGAGUUGGAAACACAGAGAUUAUCUCUGGGCGGGGGAGAGGGGCAGGCGGCUUUGGUAAAUUUGCCAAACUUUGAGCUCCCUAAUGUCAGCACAUGGGAUUUUGAUGACGUUGUUUGGUCACUGUUUGUCCCCCCGCUGACGCGGCGCGGCGCCACUGAGGCCUGGAGGCCACUGAUUGGCCAGUUCCAGGUGGGCGGGGACUUCCGCAGUGGGAGGAGUCCCGGGGUGAAGGUUUAG